UCUUUUUUCUUAGCAUUAAUAAUGGAGUUUGAGAAAUAGUGUUAAAAUGUCGGACAGCAUCGAGGACCUGGUGAGACGGUACAAAGAAAAUGUGUUACAGGAUCAACACCCGCGAAGCAUUGGGUUGUUCACGAUACCGGAGUAUCCAGAAUUGGAAGCGAACCGAGGCAUGUGGUCGGUCGCCCUGGACGCCAUACUGACCACGCUGCGGUACCUCGCACCGGCUACUCUACUCACUCUCUUCUGGGUAGUAUUCUCGAGUGAGGAGCAAAAGCAGUCAGUUCUAAAAUGGCUGGCAGAAGCUGGUCCCGUGAGAGUGGAGCACUUGGACACAGUGUGGCGACACGGCUGGGUGCUAUGUGGUGUACUGGACGCGGCUCUGCCAGGCGCCUGCGCAGGGCAUCCUCCCACCCGCCUGUCUCUUAAACACGCGCAGGCUAUUGCCGACCAUUAUCUUGGUGUUGAACCUGUUUUCUCCCGUCAAGAGUUGGAAUCAAACGAUUCACUAAGCAGACACCAAGAAUGGAAGCUCGCCACAUACUUAGACCGCAUUCGACAAGCACUAUCGAAAUUAACGCCACCAGUUUCAAAACCAGUCUCUCAAAGAACUUCCCCAGAAACAACACAGUUUACUCUUGACUACGUUGCAAAAGGGUCUGGGUUAUCAGCAGCGCAAGUUAACCAUAAGGCUAGCUUCAAAAUAUAUCCGACAGCACAACAAGCGUUAGACCCAGGAGAAAUAACGAUCCUAAUACGAGGACCUAGAGACACUUAUGGCAUGACAGUACUGCCACCAAUUUUGGGCAAAGCACAGAUGAUCAGACAAAAACUCUUGGGCCUACAAUCUAAACAGAACUUCACUGAAAACGUUUUACCAAUAACACAAGGAGCGACAUACUUACGAUCUUACGGUAAAAACGAUAUGAACAAAACAUAUUACAUACCGAAAACGAGGUAUGAUAUUGAAAUCGAUGUCGAAAUACGAACAGAUCACGCGAAAAUAAGUUACGUCGUAAACCUUGAAGGAAAAUACUUAAUUUCUAUUACAAGCAGAGGUCAGAGUAUUGUUGGCUCGCCAUUCACAAUAACCGCUUCCCACAACAUCAUCAAUAUACUAGAAAAAGACAAUUACUGUUUAGAAGACGGUGAAGAAAUAGAUAUAGUUGACGUUAAAACUGAUAGAAAAGUUGUUCUACGAAUAGUUGAUUUUGUUACUGAGAAAAUGUUAUUGAAAGAAAACGGUACUUUAGAGAAAAUAAGUGACGAUGAAGCCAGGAUUCUAAUGGCAACUGACACAGAAAAUGAUAUGCCAAAUUACAGCACUGAGAGCUUUUCCGAUGUUGAGAACAGCGAGAAAGUUGAUCGCGAAGAAUCUGUGUAUAUUGAUCCAAAAGCGGAAUUAAUGGCUGAGGAAGCUCUAGGCAAUGAAUUUGUGAAUCCUUUCUUCAUGCAUCACCAUCAAUCAGGAAGAACUAUCAAACAUGGGACCCGCUGAAAGAGAAAUAUGGCAAACAUGCAACGAAUUGAAAAUCGAACCCACAAAAGUUCAGGAAGAACAGAAACCUUAUAAGUGGGAAAUAAAACGACCGACGUUCACACCCAUCAUUGAAGAGAGCGAUAGGAGUAUAUCUUCAGGCACAAAAGAUAUUCCUAUAACCGAAAGGUGCACGAAACCGGAAGAUGGUGACAAUGUAUCGGUGGCAUUUGCUGAACUAAAUGAAAUGUACCAAGAAUACUUUCCUAAUUCAGAAACUAGUUCUACUGCCACUGUGGAUGAAAAUGAUAAAAUUCACAUAAGUCAACCCCUUCGCAUUGAUCACGAUAAAGCCUAUAAUAAAUACACGAAGGAAAAUAAGGAUGAAACGCAAUUUGGCGAAGCAACGUUUAGUAACAUAGUACUUGAAAAGAAAAAGUAUUGGGAUGAGAAAAUUCGCCAAAUAGAGGCUAAAUCGGCAGAGACUUCAAUACAGCCAAAGAAGAAACGUAUCUCUGCUAAACAAUUAAAACAUGAUUCGUUAAGCAAGCGAAAGGGCAAACAGAUUCUUAAAAACUUUCUAAACUCAGGCGAUUACAGUCAAGUUAAAAAUAUAAAUCAGAUUGAAGAUAAACAUGCAGAAAUAAAACCACAAGAACCUAACCACGAACAAAUAUCGGCUGACGUAGAAACUACAAACGAAAAGUUAGUAGAAAGAUGGAAGAAAUAUUGGGAUGAAAAGUUAGAAACAGAUCAAGUACAAGAUGAAGCUACUGCUUUAAAAACGAAAUCUCCUAGCAAUAAAGUAAGAACAUUAAGCUCAUCUUCUAACUCUAACAAAUUUGAAAACCCAGUUGAAAUAAAAGUGGAAACAACAAAAUACAAUAGCAACGUAUUGCCAUUCGAAGACCAACCGCCCGUGAAACAAGAAUUGCCAGAAGAAGUAUUCAAAGCUUUUGAAACAAGUCCAAAGAGAUUUUUCGGUACUUCAAGGAAACAAAUACUUAACAAAAUUGACACAUUUUUAGGCAAACCGGGAAUUGAUGACAUUCCCACCGCUGACGUCACCGGUGGAGAAUGUCAUGAGAGUGGUCUCGUAUCUAGUCGGAUAUCUUUGUUCCAUAAUUUGUCUAACACGGAACCAUUGCCAUGGGCUAGAAGAAAAAGUCAAUCUUUACAAAAUGUAAGCCAACGAAUAAGUAGUAACCAAAGCAUUGUAUCUUCUGAGGAAAAUCUACACGUGGAACUAAUAAAACGACCAAAUACUGAGACUUUAGAAGACAGAAUCAAUGAAGCCACUAAUUACAGUGUCAAAGAAUCUGUAAAUCUGAAAAAUAAACGAGCUCGAAUGGUUCAUAGUUCAUUUAAUAAAACGUUGGAUGAAACAAUUUAUAUAGAACCCGUACAAGAACAGUUUGUUACUUCAACACCAAAACGAAACGAAAACGUAAGGACAGCAAUACAAGACCUACAUAAGGAAUAUGAACCAAUUAGAACAACAAAUGAAGUUCUCCGAAAGAAAUCAUUCAGUAAAUCAGAAAUGGACAUCUUUAAUAAAAUUCCAAACGAUACCACAGAUGACGGUUUGGAUAAAUAUAAAUCAUGCGAUGAAUUACCUAAGAUUAACGUGAAGAACUUCAUAUCGCUUUACGAAAGCGUGACAAAGACUGCUACAGCAACAAAACCAGCUAAACGGGUGUACAGAAAUAGUUCUGCUGAUUCACAGAAGAAUUCCCCAUCUCACAGCAUAAAGUCAGAUGCUGUGCACAGACACAACGCCGACCAAGGGAGCGUUUCUACCAGUGGAUCAAAACGGACUACGCCUGGAGCUACACCUACAAAUAUGUGGACAAGCAGAGAUUCAGAAACUGUCAGCAAUCUUAGUUUGGACACUAGAACUUCUGGAUCCUUUGAUGUGGAAGUAAUUCCCAAUGAAAAUAAAGAAACUACAUACCUAAGUCUCUCUGAUAUCGAACUCGAAAUCAUAGAAUGUAAUACAGAUAAAUCAACCGAAUCUUCUCCAGAAAGAGAAACCGAACCAGCACAUCUACAAUAUAAAAACAGAUUCAAAAUGGCAAAAGAAUUCUUUCAAUCCAUUGAAGAACUAAGAGAAGUGAAGAAGCCUAGAAAACUUAAUGAAUGUGAACAACUUUUGCGUAAGGAAUCAACAGAAUCCGUUGAGAAUGACCGCCCCCAGAAGAGGGUGAAGAAAAACAUAAAGUCUCACUCCAUGCCAUCAUCAGAGAUAUCAAAGAUCUGGAAUGAACUGCAAGAAAACCGGGAGAGUUCUUCAAACACGAAGCUAGUGAAAAUAUCGGAGAAAUUUAACGUAGAAGAUUUGUUUACAGAUGUCACUGAAGGGAAACUGAGUAGGCAAGGAAGUUUGAGAGGCAUACCUCAUAAGAAAGCAGUUCUAGAAGCAUUUCGGUCUAUGGAAAACGUAGCUGAUACAUCGAUAAACUCGUACGAAUUGCCGAAUCACAGAUUACGGACUUUGCUAAAGAACACACGUAGAAACGCACAGACUUACUUGAGCGAAUAUCCGUAUUUGCCGACAACUGAUCCAUCGAAAUAUCAUUCAAGAUUGGAUGUAAAAGCAUCUGGUCUCAUCUCAUUGAAAGAAUUGAAGGAGCGAAAGCCUCGAAGGAAUAGUGUGCCUGAUCUUAGAUUAAAUCCUAAAUUUACGGUUGACCUUUAGUUAAGUGCUUUAAUUAUUUGAACAUAAGGUUUAAGUUGCGUUUACUGUGGAAUGUUAUCUUUGUUGUAUCAAAGUAGCGCAUCAAGGAUUGAACUUUAUUUGAACUGAGGUAGCAUUCAAUCUACAAAAUCUUUCAUAUUUUCUCUUACAGUAAAU